AUGACUAUUCUGAGAACAUUCGUGACCCUGGCUGAGAAUGUGGCAGCAUGACUCAGUGUGGCCUGUUUCGUAGGGGGAGAAAGCAGCCUGGAGUUCUUGCUGGUGUCAAGACUAGUCUCGGCAUGACAGGGAAAAGGAAGAAGCAUCAAGCUGAGCCCUCAGCCCACAGUGCAGGCCCAGGAUGCCGAGAAGAGCCAGAGGACAGUCACUGUCAACGCUGCCCACAUGGGGAAGGCCUUCAAGGUCAUGAAUGAGCUUCGAAGUAAGCAGCUGCUGUGUGACGUGAUGAUUGUGGCGGAAGACGUGGAGAUAGAGGCUCACCGUGUGGUCCUGGCCGCCUGCAGCCCUUACUUCUGUGCCAUGUUCACAGGUGACAUGUCCGAGAGCAAGGCCAAGAAGGUGGAAAUCAAGGACGUGGAUGGGCAGACUCUCAGCAAGCUGAUUGAUUACAUCUACACCGCGGAGAUCGAGGUGACCGAAGAGAACGUGCAGGUGCUGCUUCCGGCAGCCAGCUUGCUGCAGCUCAUGGACGUUCGUCAGAACUGCUGUGACUUCCUGCAGUCUCAGUUGCAUCCCACUAACUGCCUGGGCAUCCGUGCAUUUGCAGACGUGCACACUUGCACGGACCUCCUGCAGCAGGCUAACGCCUAUGCAGAGCAGCACUUCCCGGAGGUGAUGCUGGGGGAAGAGUUUCUGAGCUUGAGUCUGGACCAGGUGUGCAGCUUGAUAUCCAGCGACAAGCUGACUGUCUCUUCAGAAGAGAAGGUGUUUGAAGCUGUGAUUUCGUGGAUCAAUUAUGAGAAGGAGACUCGCUUGGACCACAUGGCGAAGCUGAUGGAGCAUGUCCGGCUCCCUCUCUUACCUAGGGAUUACCUAGUCCAGACAGUCGAAGAGGAGGCUUUAAUAAAGAACAACAACACCUGUAAGGACUUCCUCAUCGAAGCCAUGAAGUACCACCUGCUGCCCCUUGACCAGAGGCUCCUGAUCAAGAACCCCAGGACCAAGCCUCGGACUCCGGUCAGCCUGCCCAAGGUCAUGAUUGUGGUUGGUGGCCAGGCGCCUAAGGCGAUCCGCAGUGUGGAGUGCUAUGAUUUUGAGGAGGGCCGUUGGGACCAGAUAGCCGAGCUUCCCUCCAGGAGAUGCAGAGCAGGUGUGGUGUUCAUGGCUGGCCACGUAUAUGCCGUGGGUGGGUUUAACGGCUCCCUGCGGGUGCGGACAGUGGAUGUGUAUGACGGCGUGAAGGACCAGUGGACAUCCAUUGCCAGCAUGCAGGAGCGCCGGAGCACGCUGGGUGCGGCAGUGCUCAACGACCUCCUCUACGCGGUGGGAGGCUUUGACGGCAGUACUGGCCUGGCCUCAGUAGAAGCCUACAGCUACAAGACCAAUGAGUGGUUCUUCGUGGCCCCAAUGAACACGCGGCGGAGCAGCGUGGGAGUGGGUGUUGUGGAGGGGAAACUGUAUGCUGUUGGGGGUUAUGAUGGGGCUUCCAGGCAGUGCCUGAGCACCGUGGAGCAGUACAACCCAGCCACCAACGAGUGGACAUAUGUGGCCGACAUGAGCACCCGACGCAGCGGCGCUGGGGUUGGGGUGCUCAGCGGACAGCUGUAUGCUACGGGGGGACACGAUGGACCCUUGGUGAGGAAGAGUGUGGAGGUUUACGAUCCUGGGACAAACACCUGGAAGCAGGUGGCUGACAUGAACAUGUGCCGGCGCAAUGCAGGGGUCUGUGCAGUGAAUGGACUCCUGUAUGUGGUUGGAGGGGAUGAUGGAUCCUGCAACCUGGCUUCAGUAGAGUACUACAACCCAGUCACUGACAAAUGGACGCUGCUGCCCACCAACAUGAGCACUGGGAGGAGCUAUGCAGGUGUUGCUGUGAUUCACAAAUCCUUGUGACCCAGACUCCCACUGCCAGGAGGUGGAGGAAGGAUCAGGCACUGCCUGCGACCCGAGCAUUGAGCGAGCCGCGGGACCAUGACAACUGACAAGAUUAGCUGGGAGGCUCUGGAGUGGUUUGAGACCCACCAUCAUUGUCUUAGCAGACCAGCCUUGUCCCUCUCAGUGUGGACAUUGAUGAUCCACCUUCUGCUCUGAGGUGCUUUGGUUUCUGCCCUAAACAGUAGGGUUCCUGACAGCCCCACAAAAUUCCUUGAGUGUGUGUGUGUGUGUGUGUGUGUGUGUGUGUGCUUCUACAGGACAAUGGAGAACCUUGAAGUGUGUGUGUGUUUGUCUGUGUGUGCGUGUGUGCAUGCACAUGCAUGCAUGCAUUCGUGUUUGUGUGUGUAGGAAACACUUCAUUCAGUAGGGGCUGGGGCUGUGCAGGUGUCUACUGGAUUCUUUACUACUGAUCUUUUCACGAUGCUAAAACACCUACACAUGUCUUCUGGACUCGUCCCAUGGGGACCCUAGACUACUAAAGCUGCUGUCUUUUGGAGAUCAAGGCAGAACUAGCAAGAAGCAGCUCUUCGGCCAUUCUGGGAGCAUGACUUGACUACUGCAGCUGUGUGGAAGAACUGGGGCUUCCUCAAAGCUGCCCUGCAUCCUCCGUGGACUUCUGGGGUACAGCUUCAUUCAGCCAUUGCCAGCCACUCCUCCUUGGCUGCACUCCAGGAAGCAGAUGAGAACUGUUUUGCCUUUACAUCUUGGCCUCUAGUCUUUGAUGUCAUGGAAUCCGGGUUUGGAAGAUUUUGUGUCUUCUCAGCAGGGAAAACAAACUUCAGAGAAGCCCCAGGUAGAAGAACACUGGAGAGAAAUAGCCAAGGAAAACAAAACAAAACACAGAGAAACCAAAGUGGUAUGGAUUUGUUCCCACCCACAGUGGUCUCAGAGAGGGACCCUGCUUCUGAGUUCGCAGGGCAGCAACCCUAUUUAUUAUGUGUAUUAUGUAGGCUCUCUCAUUCAUGGUAUCGGUUCUCAUGCAGAGGAUAAGUAAAAGGUCACCCUGCACUAAACCCAGAGGUAGGUUUGCCCCUUGUUAGGUGGGGCCAUAUGUAACUCAGAAAGACAUGAAUGACUUCUAAGGACUAUACUGGCUAGAUCAGGCCAUCAGCUCUUUGUGAUGAUGGUCCGGGCUGUCUGUAUCUGUCUUCCCUUUCUCGUGCUUUCCUCCUAUUUCAGGGUCCAUAUACUUUCCCCAGCCUCCCAAACACCCCUUUUCACUCUCCCCUUUGGGGAGGAGAUGGUAGUGGGCCCUGGACUGGAGAUACUCCUCAAAACCACCUGUAUUUUAAAAAUGAAAGCAACAGAUCAAAAUGAUUAAGAAUGUAACUUCCCGCACCUGGGUGGUGUCUGGAGGUGUGUGGAUGCGCACACAUUAAGGGUUGGGGAAUGUGUUUGUUACACAAGCAUGACUUUGAUUUGUAGCACUGACAUAAAGAAUUCUGGGUACAGCAACACGCGCCCACAAUCUCAAAGCUGAGAAGGUAGAGAAAGGCUGCUGCCUGAGGCUUGGAGACAGCCAGCCUAGGCUAGCCAGCGAGUCGCAGGUCCCAGGGAGAGUGCAUCUCAAAACAAGUUGUGGCUCCUGAGGACCAACGUUAAAGGCUGACCUCUGGUCUCUGUGCACACUCACCCUCCUUGCACACACAAAGAACCUCAAAGCCAAACUCUUCCCAAGCUAGCAAAUUGCUCAUACUGGAAUUUCAGCCCUCGGAGGGUGGAGUUUCAGCUUCCCUGAAGUCAGAAUCCAUGUAGAGGAGACCAUGGGGCUUUGUGAACUCUAAUGUUGGACUUCUGUUACAAGUAGGUUCUUCAAAGCACAUCUACAGGAGGUUGACACCCCCUGUCCUCUGCACUUGGAAGCCCAGCUUCUCCCCAGCGAGGCGGCCACUGAGUAUUUACUGAGCCUUUAAUGUGCACUCUUCCGAGAGUAAAAUCUUUCUGUCUACUGUUAAGCAGAAGUUAGACACCACAACACCCAGAUAGUUAGUAGCCUUAGGAAUAGUAUGUAGCUAGAAUACCCAGCUUUGGGAGGUCCAGAAGAAAUGUCUCCCAAGGGAUGCAGACAUUUUUUGGUAGAUGCCCUGGUUCCAGCUGCGAGUAGGGAGAGCUGUUUGUGAAACUCUGCCUGGCCUUGUGCUGGAAAGUGGGUAGGACGCACCCCAGAUACCCUUUCUCCCUCUCCAGGGAAGUCUGGGGACUUGUUUGAGGUGUGAGCAGUGAAGACAAGGUUGAGGACCAGAGUCUAAUGUGCUUUUUCACAAGCACUCCAUUUCAGGUGAAAGGAAACCCCACCGUCUCCCCGACUCCCACCAAGAACCUAGACUUUUAUACUUAGGGGUCACGAUGAGUCUCCUCUUGGUGAGAACUCCCCUUCUGUGGAAGCUGGCCAGCUGUGGUUUCUCCUGGAGGUUUUGCUGUUGGCCCCAUCUCCCAUCCCCCUUCCUGCAAAGCGUUUUGUGGUUGAAGCUGCUGAGGGUCCAACUCAUUUCGCCCUUGUGCGUCCUUUCCCAUGGGGACGAGAACACUGGUACGUCAUCACCAAAAAGCCAAUCUGCCCUAGCUGCCCACAGAUACCACCCUGAGACCCAUGUUACUCCAUCAUCAAGCAUCAGGUAGAAGUCUCCCCAUGGUGGGCACUUCAGACUCACUUCUAGUCUGUGCUAAUCACAUGGUGGGCAAAGCCUCUGCCGCCUGUCAGCGCGGCUGCCAUCACUAGUGAACACGGCCGUGUCAGGGCCACAUCAGAAAUCUGACUGCAGGGGCAAAAUGGAACUGAGACUCCAAGUCAGAAGCAUAUUAGACACCACUUGGGUGCUGAUUCGGACAAAGUAGAAGUCAGUUUCUGAAUUCCAAAGUUACUUCUCCUAAGUACCCAAUAGCAUCUCCAUCUAAAAACAUGGCAGUAUUAUGCAAAUGAAGUGACCUCAUUUUUCCGCUAUGCAAUAAGAAUCCUUAAUUCUCUCUCAUGACAAACCAGUUGCAAUAUCCCCUCAGAUGCUUUUUUGAGCUGUCCUACUUUGAUAUCUCUUGUGUAAUGUUUGUGUAUUUCUGAGCCAGAUCCUUUCAAGAUUGCCUUUUUGUAAAAUUGAAGCUACAGCUUUCAGGCUAACGUUUCAAUGUAGAUAUUUUUAUAGAUAAUUUUUUCAUGAUAUUUGAAUCGCUUCCUAUUGUCCACGAUAAUGAAAUGCUGUUCUGUAUGUCACUUACCCUGACACAGCGCACACCUGUAGCUAUCCUUUUUAUGUUUCUUACCUCUCAGAUGCUGGUAGCUCCAGGUUCCCAGUAUUUUAGGGAGAUUGUGGAAUUCCAAGAUACAGCCAUGAGGCUUUGCUUUUUAGCUAUUAGGGACUAAUGUUGAACUUGCCCAUCUAGAUCUCUCAUCUCUUUGUGUUUGUGAGUCUGCCUUCUGCAGGACUGGGGCUGGGUUGGCCCACACAGUGGUGGCUUUCAUCACCGGGCACUGAGCUUGCCCUCUGGCCUACAUUCCCUAGGCUGCCCAGGCCCUGCAGAUCUUGUCCCUUCUCUACUAUACUCCUGGUUUUUGGAGGUUUCUAGUACUCAGGCCUCUGCAGCUGGGUCAUGCCUCUUUGGGAAGCUUGCAUUCUCUGUACCUAGGAAGAAGGGGGUCCCUCAGGACUCCUGGGAAGAAUGUACUUAGCAGACACUCACAGUUUUCUCCUGAGCUGUCUCGACUCCGGGCUCUGUUUUGUGCAUUUAUCUACCAUAGGACUCUUGUUUCUCUUCUGUAAAUCUUAAUUUAUUAUUUUGGGGACAGGUGCCAUUUAAAUUGCCUCUGUGCUUCUUCCUAUUCGCACCUGGUUGGGUCAAGGCUCUGACGCACAGAAGCAAGGAGGUCAGAGUGGUUUUAGUAGUUUUUUUUCC